GCAGCCGCCGUAGCAGCCGCCGCCGCCUACUUGGACGCCAAAUUCCACAUCUGCGAAGACCUCAACAAAGGAAACCUCGACAACGCUGCCGCUGAAGCCCAAAAGUUCAUCGCCGACAAAGAAGCCCGGAACGAAUUGCUCCUCUACCAUGACCUCCAAAAUUGGGCGAAGAGGGACAUUCCCAAUCACACCUUCCUCGAGUACCAAAGUCGGUCGUGGACGUACAAGCAAUUUCACGCGGAUCUGCAGAGAGUGGGAAAUUGGUUGAUGAAUGAUUUGGGGGUGAGGAGGAGUGAGAUGGUGGCGAUUAGUGGACCGAAUAGUGCGGAGUAUUUGAUGUUGUGGUUUGCGAUUGAUGGUAUUGGAGCGUGUCAGAGUUUCAUCAACCACAACUUGACGGACAAUGCGUUGACGCACUCUGUCAAGCUCUGUGAACCACGCUACAUAAUCGCCGACAAAGAAACCGCUGAACGACUGGAACCCUGCCGCGCCGACCUAGAAGCCUCCGGCGUGACCAUCAUCUACUACGACGAAGCCCUCUUCGCCACGUUCCGCGACUCCACUCCUCUCCCAUCAUCCCGCACUCAAGGCAUCAAAUCCAGCGACACCCGCUCCCUGAUUUACACCUCCGGCACUACGGGACUCCCCAAAGGCGUAAUGAUGAUCUCCGGCCGCACUACCAACGUCGCCCGCAGCACAGCCGCACAUUUGAAGCUCACCCCAAGCGACAAGUUCUACACCUGUCUCCCGCUCUACCACGGCGCCGCGCAGGGGUUGUGUACCACGCCCGUCAUCCACGCUGGCGCCUCGAUGCGACUGGGCAGGAAAUUCUCGCACAAGACCUUCUGGCCUGAAGUCGCGGAUAGUGGCGCGAAUAUCCUGCAGUAUGUCGGCGAGUUGUGUCGGUACUUGGUGAAUGCUCCGGUGCAUCCGUUGGAGAAGAAGCAUAAAGUGCAAGUCGCGUGGGGUAAUGGUAUGAGGCCGGAUGUGUGGGAACGAUUUCGGGAAAGGUUCAAUAUCCCUGUCAUUCAUGAGUUGUAUGCUGCGACGGAUGGGUUGGGUGCGACGUUUAAUGCGAACAAGGGAGAUUUUGGAAGGUCGUGUAUUGGCAUCAGGGGUGCGUUGUGGAAUCAUCGAAUGGGUAAUCGGGAGGUGCAUUGUCGGAUCGAUCCAGAUACGGAAGAGGUGGUUAGGGAUGAGGAUGGGUGGGUGGUGAGGUGUAAUGUUGGUGAGCCGGGAGAGGUGUUUCAUAGAGUUGAUGAGGCAAUGAAGGAUGUGGUGUUCAUGGGGUACUUCAAGAAUCAGGGUGCGUCGGAUAAGAGGUGGAUGAGGAAUGUGUCUGAGAAGGGCGAUCUGUGGUUUCGCAGUGGAGAUGUGCACAGAACAGACGCCGAUGGACGAGUAUACUUUGUCGAUCGACUCGGCGACACGUUCCGCUGGAAGAGUGAGAACGUCAGCACAAACGAGGUCUCGGACGUGCUCGGAGGCUGGGAUCAAAUCGCAGAAGCCAACGUAUACGGCGUCGCGGUGCCAAACGCCGACGGAAGAUGUGGAUGUGCGACGAUCGUAUUGACAGAGGGUCUCAUGCCGGAGAACUUGGACGUCGCAGGUCUGGGCAAAUUCGUGCUGGACAAGCUGCCACGGUAUGCUGUGCCAUACUUCUUGCGAGUCGCGCCGCAGCUGUCGUACACUGGCACUUUCAAGAUCCAGAAAGGGCAGGCGAAGCGAGAGGGCGUAGAUCUGGACUUGAUCGAAAAGUCGGGGAGUAAGGACAAGGUGUUCUGGUUGCCGCCGGGUGGGACGAGUUAUAAGCCAUAUACCAGAGCUGACUGGGAGGCGCUGAAGAGUGGGAGGGUUAGCAUGUGA